AUGACGAGCGGAGAAGAUAAUAAGGAAGAAAAUACCCUGAAACAUUCGCCUGCGGAACAGCUGUCAGAUGGGAAGCCCACCCUCCCAGCGGCUUCUGUCGAACCCGAGCUCGAUGAUUUCGGCUUGCCCAGAAGACCGGUGAAAGCAAACCGACCGGCGGAGUUGGACGAGAGUGAUGAUGACCACGACACAUUCCAUGAUGCUGAAGCGUCUACGGAUAAAGACGACGGAAGUGAGAGGGACGCCAAAGACGGUCCCUGCGAGCCACAGCACCCGGCGAAGGAACAUGCGGAAUUGGUUGACAAAACCAACAAACAACCGUCUCCAGAGGUUGCACCUACCACAUCAGACGGGGGUCUCAAAGGCACGGAGAUGAAGGAAAACCAAAAGGAUCAGGUCAUUGGCGAAGCACCCAAUCUCGAGACCAAAGCCGCAGACACUGUUCCACCUUUAGACACGGCAUUGAAGUCCGAGGCGAGGCAGGAUGAGCCAACAGAUGAUAGUGCAUUAUCCCCAACAGCAUCUCGGAUAUCUGGCACAACCAUUCCGAAACGGAAUUCACGAUCUAAUCCUGCAACAGCUUCCGAAUGGUCCCACCAAAGACAAAUUGCAACCGCAAAUCGGUCGGAUGACGAAGACGAGGAGGAGGAAUGGCAGCCAAUGCCGGCCAUUGACGAGUUUGAUAUCUUUGAUGAUAAUGGACAUCUGGUAGCGAAAGGUCACAAAGAAAGCGAAGCCGAUGCAAAUCCCUACGUGGGCAUUGGGGGCGCUGGGAAAGGGUACACAAGAGUACAGCUUGAUGAAGAUGCGCAAUCUGCUACAAGUCUCGACGAAGACACAAACUAUCUAUUCCGGAAUGGCCAGAAAACAGAGGACGUGGAAACCAUGUUAGACCAGGACGAUGAGCAGCGGGACCCUCUUACCCAGCUGCAGGCGACCAAAGAUCUUCUUACAGAGGGCCAGCGGAUCGCCUACGUCGGUGUGGUCCGGUUGACAAUCCACAAAAUGUUUUCAGCAUUAGGCGACAUGGAGAAAACAAAGGCCGUCCGGAAGGAAUUGAUCAGGGCUUUGGAGAGCAUGGAUAUGUGGGGACAGAAGAUGAUGGUUCGCCUAUAUACCCACAUGGACAUCAACCAGGCCGAGCAGAUUAUGAUUGAACAACUUGCCGAGCACGGGGUGCAGCCCUCUGACCUCGUCGCUCCCCUCAUGCUGAAUGCGAAGGUAAAGAAUCCGUUGGCGGAUGAGACAGCGACCGAAACGUCCGGGCCCGACGCCCCGCGGAACCGAGAUUCAACAACUUCUGUAUCCUCGAAAGUGGAUGAUGGCCCUUCGAAAGAGGUCAAGGAGGGCGAAGAAGUUCCCGAAGUCCACGACGUGGAAGACAUGCCUCACACCAAGGAGAUUGAGCUGGAUCUGCGGUGGACCGUCCUAUGUGACUUGUUCCUGGUGCUGAUCUCGGAUGGUCAGUAUGACUCUCGAUCGAGACGACUACUUGAACGAGUCGGUUCGACAAUGGACAUUAGCUGGACUCAGAUAUGUCGAUUUGAAAAGAGGGUUAUCGACGCCCUAGAAAUGCAAGAUGAAGAAGCCAGGGAGAACUGGGACGAAUCCGAACAUAUGGAGAAACGCCGUAAACGCGCCCUUAAAAAGAAAUACAUGGUCAUGGGUCUUGCGACGGUUGGUGGCGGUCUUGUCAUUGGCUUGUCGGCCGGCCUCCUUGCACCCUUCAUUGGCGCGGGUCUGGCUGCUGGUUUCACAACAAUUGGUGUCACCGGUACCGCAGGGUUUUUGGGAGGAGUGGGUGGAGCUGCUCUGAUCACUUCUGCUGCCACAGCCGCCGGUGGGACGAUUGCCGUUCGAGCUGCAGAUCGACGCACAGGCAGCGUGAAGACGUUUGAAUAUCGACCGCUGCACAACAAUAAGAGGCUGAACCUCAUCUUGACGAUCUCGGGCUGGAUGACGGGCAAGGUGGACGAUGUCCGCUUGCCUUACAGCACCGUUGAUCCCAUCAUGGGCGACAUCUACUCCCUGCUUUGGGAACCAGAAAUGCUUCAGUCGAUGGGUGACACUAUCAAUAUCCUCGCCACCGAAGCGCUGACCCAAACUGUUCAGCAAGUCCUUGGAAGCACGAUAUUAAUCACUCUCAUGGCGUCAAUACAGCUGCCGAUUGUGCUUUCCAAACUAGCUUACCUCAUCGACAAUCCAUGGAGUGUGUCACUCGACCGAGCGACAGCUGCCGGUCUUAUCUUGGCCGACUCGUUGAUUGACAGACACCUUGGACAGAGACCAAUCACUCUGCUAGGCUUCUCCCUCGGCUCCAGGGUCAUCUUCUCGUGCCUGAAAGAGUUGUCAAACCGUGGAGCAUACGGCUUGGUCCAGAAUGUUUAUAUGUUCGGCUCACCUGUGGUUGUCAGCAAGGACGACUACUUGCGAGCUCGGUCCGUGGUUUCGGGGAGGUUUCUGAACGGGUAUGCCUCCAACGACUGGAUUCUCGGAUACUUAUUUCGGAUGACGUCCGGUGGUAUCAUGCGGGUGGCUGGGCUCGCACCCGUCGAAGGCAUUCCAGGCGUGGAAAACGUCAACGUUAGCACAUGGGUUAAGGGCCACAUGGCUUACCGUGCCGCCAUGCCGCGACUGUUGAGAGAAGUUGGGUGGGAAGUUGAAAGCGACGAAUUCACUGAGAUCGAAGAUCCGGAUCCUGAAAACCACGCGCAACGACAGCGAGAACUUAUUUUGGAAAUCGAUGCGGCUAGAAGGAAAGCCGAAGAGAAACCCGACAAGAAACGGUUCGGCAUUUUCAAGCGAGGCAAACUCGCCGAGAAGAAGGGAUGGGAGCGAUAUAAUCCAAACGACGCCAACCACAAGCGGAACGCCAGUACCAGUGCAGAACCCAGUGUUAACGGUGAUGCCAACGUUUUGUUUGACGUUGAUGCAAUUCGAAGGGAAUUGGCAGGCGAAAUGAUCGAAGUCAGAGAGUUGGACAGCACCCUGCCUCCAAUGCAAAUAAUGUCAGUCAAGGACGGGGAAAAGCACGUCGAAUAUCUACGACUUCCACCCGGGAUGAAGCCCGAGGAGCUGGAGAGAUUGAAUCUCCCGCCGCGCCCUGACGAGAUUGAUGUGUCUUUCGCCCCUAUACAACAACCUACCCCAAUCCGGCCUGCAAGAUCGUCAUCUUUGAGGCCCGCCUCUAUAGCAAGCCCUCAACUGUCUCCACGUGUCAGCCCUCAAAGAUCUCCCCAACGAUCUCCGGAACCAAGCAGGCGGUUAUCCUACGCCCCUUCGGAGCCAAUGGGGUCAGCAAGCACGCUGCCAGUUCUCCGAGCAACGCCUUCUGCAUCCCCCAGACCGGAAAGUUACCAUGCACCACUUGUGGAUCCCGUCCGACCGGAAUUCAAACCACAUACGACAGAGCCCUCCGUCCCGAGCUGGGGGCGGCCCUCGCCAGCAUACGACGAUGCAGUCGCCCCUCCAGUGCCGAGGCUCGAUUUGGAACGCAACGCCUGGGCUGAUGAUGAGGAUGAAUUUGGACAGGGUCGUGGCGAGAUAAGUAUGACCUUUGAAUGA